ACUCGCACUUAGAAGAGAAUUGAAACUAAAUCGUAAAUUAAAAGAGCAGCUCAGCACAUCAACAAUCCACUCAGUAUUUACUUCUUGGCAGUGUGUGCGUGUGUUUGUGUGAAAAAUGCUAAACAGGUUCAGAAGUUUAUCGUCAAGACUGGCAACGGGCCAUGGCCAACUCCUGACUGAGAAUUUGUUUAACUUGAGUUCGAAGAACAAAAACAUGUCCAGCGGCAAAGCCUUCAAAGUGUUAGUGACACACCCGGAAGUGCCUCAGGCGGGACUGGACCUCUUGAAGCAAAACUGCGAAAUCAUUCAAGUACAGAGUUUGCCUCCGCGUCGUGCCGAGAUUUUGGAAAAAAUCAAAGGAGUCGACGGGGUGUUCUGGGGCGGACAUGAACCGCUCAAUGCUGAGGUACUCGAUGCCGCGGGUCCGAAUUUGAAGGCGAUCUCAACGAUGUCCGCGGGCAUAGAUUAUGUCGAUGUGGCGGAGCUAAAGAAACGCAACAUACCUUUGGGCCACACGCCCACGGUUCUCAACACGGCCGUCGCUGAUCUGACUGUGGGUUUGCUUAUAGCCGCCGCCCGUCGUUUCCAUGAGGGACGUAGUAAGAUCGAGAGCAACAACUGGGAAAGCUUUCAUUUAAAUUGGCUUUUGGGUCAGGACAUUCGAGACUCCACGGUUGGCUUCUUUGGCUUUGGCGGGAUCGGUCAGGCGAUAGCCAAACGUUUGUCCGGCUUUGACAUUGAACAGGUUCUGUACACCACGCGUCGCCGUUUGUCCAAGGAACUGGAAACCGAGUUCAAUGCCAAAAAGGUGGAGUUCGAUGAGCUGCUUUCUAAGAGCGACUUCAUCAUUAUUGCAGCUCCGCUGACACCUGAAACACAAGGAAUCUUCAAUGCCACCACCUUCGGCAAGAUGAAGAGCAAUGCCGUGCUGAUCAACAUUGGACGUGGCAAAAUCAUUAAUCAGAACGAUUUGUACGACGCGCUGAAGACAAACCAAAUAUUUUCCGCUGGCUUGGAUGUGACAGAUCCGGAACCACUGCCCGCCAAUGACAAGUUGUUGACGCUUCCCAAUCUAGUUGUUAUUCCCCACCUUGGCUCCGCGACGACCCGCACACGCUCUGAGAUGUCCACCAUAGCGGCCCACAAUGUGCUGCGCGGCAUGGUGGGCGAACCUAUGUUUGCGCCCGCCUACUAGGAACAGAAAGGCCGACCGCGGACUAAGCACACAGAAUGUGAAGGGAAGGUGUGUUUGUGUGUGUGUGUUGGCGCCGUUCAUGGUCAUGGAUAGGAACAACAACAACAAUAAAAAUGAUUAAAUUAAUUAAACAAUCCCA